UCUGACUCGUCACUCUUCUCCCUCCCCACUCUCUCUCUCCCUCUCUGUCAUUUGCUGCUUUAAAGAUUUGUCUUGAUCUCUGAAACGGCAUUUCAAACUUCAAAUCUCUCUCUCUCUCUCUUCCGUUUCGGUUCUCCGAGAAACCUCCUUCGUGAUUCAAAAGGGAGAAAAAAUCGUUCCUUCGUCAUUCAAAAGGGAAAAAAAACGCUUGUUUCCGAAUUUACAGAGUACAUAUUACUGUUACUACAUCUCUUUAUGUAUUCAGUUUGAUUAAAGACUAUAACGGAAUCCUGGACUGUUUUCCGGUGGCGCUUUUUUUUAUUGCAUUUUCAGAGAUUCAAAUUUAGUUUUCGACAUUUUCUAUAGAAUAUGCAGAUUUACGACGAUGAUCAAGAAUUCUUGCCCUUCUCAGAGCUUUUGAGACAUUUUUUGGGUUUUGAAGAUUGGUUAUUAGGGUUUUGAAGUAAGCCAUCAUUAAGUUUUUACUCUCUGCUUUUCCUACUUUUCAACUUGUGUCUUUGAACAUCAUGUUUUUUAUAUAAACUGAUUGCUUUCUUUGACGCAUUUCCUGUUCUUCAUCACAAAUUUUCUUGUAUAUUUGAUAAAAUGCCGACAUCUCCUCUUCAUGCCAUGAAAAAAUUAGGAAUUACUCGUAUAUUACGUCAAAGUAGGGUUCAACCAAUGGUUGAAGUGUAACAUUAUUCAAGGAGUUCACGAGAUUAAUCAGCUGGGGUUAAACAAGCAUAAUAAUUAGAGCAUUAUGGGAGAAAAAGACUGUCCAAAUACUCCUGAUUCUGUUAAAGUGGGGUUUGGCGAGAUAGACACCAGGGCACCUUUCCAAUCUGUCAAGGAUGCUGUCAGCUUAUUUGGUGAAGGCACUUUCUCAGGGGAAAAACCUGCUACCAAGAAAGCAAAACCUUAUUCUGCAGAGAGAGUAUUGACAAAAGAAACACAGCUUCACUUGGUGCAGAAAGAGUUGCAUAAGCUCAAGGAACAACUGAAGAAUGCCGAAACUACAAAAGUUCAAACACUCGUAGAGCUUGAAGAGGCUAAAAGGACAGUUGACGAUCUAUCCCAGAAGCUUAAAAACAUAACUGAAUCAAAACAAUCAGCAGCUACGGUAACACAAGGUGUAAAGAAUCAGAUGAAGCAACUAGAAGGAACAAAAUCUGACUGUCUGGUUGCAACUAAUGGUGCCGGUAAACAGGACUUGGAAAGUAAAAGAGAGUGGAACAAGAAGCUAUCAAUUACCGAACAAGGUGCUGCAAAACAACUCCUGAGGCAAAUAUUUCUGGACUGUAAUGCAAUCCAGGAAGCUAAAACAAUUGCAUUCAGACAAGCCAUAGAAGCUGAGGAUGAAGUGAAAGCAAAUUUAGAGAAAUUUGGGGAACUUUUCAAGGAGAUCACUACUAUAGAGGAGUCCAUCUGGCAGGUGAAGCUUGCAGUAAUGCAAGUGGAACAAGAACAGGUGAAGAUAUCAGCUAAGAAGGGUAUCCAGAAGCAGUUGUAUAUAGCUAUCCUUGAAGAGUUGGCGAAGAAAUGGCUUGCUUUGAAGAAAGACUUUGAUCCUGAACUCAAUAAAGAUCUUGGAGGCCAGUUGCCUGAAACAGUGGCUGAGAUUGGAGCCCUGCAAAACGAGUUGGAAAAUGUGAAGGGUUCAUAUAGAAAUUCCAUCAGUACUGUCACGUUAGAGUUGGAUGGUGACAAGGACUCUCUUCAUAAAGUUGCUGAAGAAGAGAGCCCGCUUCGAAGCUUGGUGGAGUCCCUCAAACUGGAGCUGGUGAACGUGCAGAGGGAGCCUUCUGAGCUAAAGAAGAAGGAAGCGGAAAUGGGAUACGCUAAAGGGAAUCUGCGUGUCAAGCUCUGCAAAAGUAAGUCUGAGCUCGAGGCAGCCCUUGCUGGAGAAUCCAAAGUAAGAGGCGCUUCCAAAGAAGUGACCUCGUCACUGCACCAGAUAUCAUCCGAAAGUGAAAAUGCAAGACCUGAAGCAGAAGAGAUGAAAAAUAAAGUCGAAGAGUUGAUGAAGGAAACAGAAGCGACCAGAAUUGCCUUGGAGGCAGCAGAGAUGAAGCUCGUAGUAGCUCUGGAGGAAGCUGAAGAUGCAAAAGCAGCUGAGGCAAGGGCUGUUGAAGAGAUUAAAAUGUUGUCCGAGAGAACUAGUGCUGCACGCACCUCGGCUUUUGAGUCCAAUGCCCAGAUCACUAUCUCAAGAGAAGAGUUUGUGGCGUUGAACUGGAAAGUUGACGAGUCUGAGAAACUGGCAGAAAUGAAAGUCGCUGCUGCAGUGGCUCAGGUGGAGGCUGUCAAAGCUAGUGAACAGGAGAACCUCCUCCAGAGAUUGGAAGCAUCUCGAAAAGAGAUAGAUGACAUGAAAGCUGCAACCGAGGAGUUUCUGAAGAGGGCAGAGGCGGCGGAGGCAGCCAAGAAGGCGGUGGAAACAGAGCUCCGGAGAUGGUGUGAUAGAGAGAAAAAGAAGGCAGCUGAAGCUGCAUCUCGGAUUCUCGCAGAAGCAGAUCUGUCAUCAGAAUCAUCCCUCGACCACCGGAUUCAAAUGCAGAAACCACUGGAUGGAGUCAAUUCUUCCCGAAAGUUGGAAAAGCAGAAAACUAAUUCGUCGAGAAAACUACUUUUGCCUAAUCUCAGCAGCCUCUUUCACAGGAAGAAGAACCAAAUUGAGAUUGGAUUUCCAUCCUAUCUGCCUGGUGAAGACCCUCCUCUAUGAUUAAUGCAUUUAAAUAAUAUUUGGGAAAUGGUUGAGAGAGGAACUUGUCUUAUGCCUCGGUUGGUUUUGUGCAUUUUACACGAGUGGAAUCAAAUUCCGUUCUUUGGUUAGUGUUUUGCAUCAAUGAAAGGAAUAAUA